AUGCCUGUCGGUCACCCCAACCCUCGGAAAAGGCCUGAAAAGCCUGAAUUUGCACAAUGGAACUGGACAGAGAAGGAUUUGGAGCUGCUUCAUAGUCACAAGGACUCUUGGAAGUCUCUAGAGGAAAAAGAACGUUGGAAUUUCGAAGAAAAGCUCACUUUCACCUUGCUGAAAGCCCAUGAUAUUCCCCAAGAAUACCCUCACCUGCCAGCAAUGGUUCUCCAACCACUGACAUCAGUAAAGAAAACAAGAACUUGGCUACAAAACAACACUGCCGCUCGUAGGAAGAAGAAGAAAAAGGCCAAAUGGAACAGACGUAAACCUUGGAACAAGCUCUCUGUCUUUAUUGAAGAUGAUGAGGUAAAGUCCAGCCUGCAGAUUUGGGCAGAAAAAACCAAGACGAAAGGCCGAGUGGAUCUUUAUAUGAAUGAGGCUAGAAGAAGACUGGAAUUGUUACCUUCUGACCAGCAAGAUGAACUCCAGAGGAAAGCAGAGUUGUGGGAAGAAGAAGGCCCUCCCCCAGCUGUUCAACAUAGUCAGGCCAACAAACAUGGAGUUCGAACUAUGGAAAACAUGGCCAACUAUAUGUAUAAGCAAUAUGGUAUGAUUCUAGGAGGGGCUCUGUUUUCUAGAAGCCCAUCAUCCAAGAAGAUGCAAAUCCAUAUACCUCUACUUUUUCCAGAGAAUAUGACUGAGGCUGCUUUAGAGGCCAUGAAAGACUUUCAGGCAGUUCAAGCAAAGGCAGACAUCAUUUUUGAACAAUAUCAAGACACUGGCCUCCCUAAAAUCCAACUUCCUGGCCCUGGAGAAAAGCCUUUUCUAGCCUCUCAUAUUUUGGAGAUGGGAGCAGCAAACGAAGGAUUGGGUUUACCUGGAACAGAUGUUCCUUGGGGGCUACUUUCCAAAGAGAAGGAAGAAAUCUUCGACUCUGGAUGGGUUUCUGAAAAUUUUCUUGAAAAGUUUUCCAAAGUCAAGAAUAUGGACUCUUCUGAUGUCUUUGAAUUUCUUCAACUGGUGGCUGAAAAAGAAGAUCCAGAUGGCACCCUUAACCCUCAAAGGUUCAAGCUUCUCAAAACCUUUGCUGGUACUUAUAGAAAGAGGGUCACCAUACCAGCUAACUACCCGGAUAUCUAUAAGCAUCUGGGAGAGGAACCUGGAGUAAUCACCAUUUCUGGAAAACCCAAUCUAGCUGUGAAAGGGCCUGGAGUUGCAGCAGCGGGGAAAAAGGCUUUGAAGGAGCUUUCCAAAUUGGCUACUGGACAAGAACCUCCUAAUCCUGCUUCAAACUCCUCAAAAAGGGCCGAGAGAGCCUCCAAGAAGGAACAGAAGAAGAAGGCCAAAAAGCUGGCCAGGGCUAAAAAGGAGAAUAAAACCUCCAAGGUGCUUUAUCACUUUUCUUCCUUUCAAAAGCUGUUUGCUCAAUAA